AUGGUCGGAAUCAAAGUUGUGGAACCCGCACAAGUCCCUGUGAUUGACUUCCAAACCCUUUCGGCUGGCACUCCACAGGAGCGCAAGGAUGCUCUUCAGCAACUAGACGAUGCAUUCCAGUCGGUGGGACUCAUAUAUCUUUCAAACCAUAGCAUUGGCCAGGACCUCGUGGAAGAGGCAUUCUCAUGGUCCAAACGCUUCUUUGAUCUACCGGAUGAUGUGAAAGCACUAGUUCAACAUCCUCACGAUAUAUCAAACCAUCGUGGCUGGGCGGCUGCUGGUACGACCGUCUCAAGCCAAGGUGUUUGGGACCAAGAUGAGAUCGAGCGCAUACGUGAAACCGGUCCAGCAGAGAAGAGAGAGGUUUUGGAAACGGGUGAUCCAUACCCAAGCAAGAUACCAAAUCCUCACUUCAUACCGAAUCGAGUGCUACCGGAAGAAAUCUUACCCGGAUUUGAAGCCUUCACCAAGAAGUGGUGGGAUGCGUGUAUAGAGCAAGAGCUUCAACUUCUCCAGUUCCUUUGUGAAAUCCUUGGUAUUCCGGACAAAGAUUUCCUUGGGAAGCAGCAAAAUCCGAACUUCAACCGCAGCGCGUUCGGCUGGAACCAUUAUCUAUCUACACCGGCUCGAGCCCUAGCAGCUGGAGAGGCGACUCGCUUGAAUGCCCAUACAGACUAUGGGCAAUUUACUUUGUUGUUUCAAGAUAUGUCUGGUGGACUUGAGCUUGAGGAUGAGGAGGCCGGAAUCUUUAGGCCGGUGCUACCCAAGCCGGGCACAGUUAUCGUUCAAGUCGCCGAUAUGCUGGAAAGACAGUCCAACGGGAGGUGGAAAAGUUCCUUGCAUCAGGUCUCAACUCCUCACCACUUGAAGUAUGGCAAUGUGGGCGAUGCUACGUUGAUCGAGCGGUAUUCAAUUGGCUUCUUUAUUCAACCCGACUUUGAUCUUGUUAUCAAGCCUCUUCCGGGUUGUGAGGCUAAAGGGAGAUGGUCGUCAUUGGAGUGGGAGGAUGAGAUUACGGCUGGAGACUGGCUGAACAGGAGAGUUGCUCUCGAAUACCAACGCAAGGACUCAUCUAAGUCUGCUGCGUAG